GCCAUUUUCCUGCCUUCUGCCACUCUCUUUACUCUCUUAUACAUACUUCGUAGGGACGCCUUCCUUCACGCACACUCGUUUGUUCAAUAGUCAAUCGCUGCUUUGAGUGAGUGUUGUUGUUCGGAGCGUCAGUCAACUGUCGAUUUACAUUUCAUCUCCGACUUGUGGACAAAAUUUGGAAAGCUUCCUCGCUUCUAUGCACGUUACGACUCCUCCAGAAUUCCACUCAUUCAGCAUUCCAUCAACGAGAUGGCGAUAUUUUCGAAAAGCCUACCGACGCUGGUGUGCCUGGUCUUCUUUGGCCGUGCCCGGGCACGUCCCUCGCCACGCGCAAAUACUACCCUUCCAGCCUCGAAUGCACCGGAUCCCAAUUUGUGGUACACCAUGACCACCGCGCAGGCAGGAGAUGGGAACUGUCUCUAUGCUGAGUUGGGUGUCGACGGCUCCUCCCCAUAUCCCACUAGAUUCGAAUCAUGCACCCCGUUACAGGACACAGCUCUGUGGCGACUUGAGUCGGACACGGAAGGUGGAUACUACAUAUACAACAAGGGCUGGCCAGGGACCCAUCGAAUGGAUAUUAAUACUUACCAGGCGACGAUUAUGUUUAUGGGUCUUGCAAACGAUGCGCGGCGUAUGCAACAUUGGUCUGUGAACCCAAUCGAUGGCGCAUUCGAGUUGAUCAACGGAAACACGCAGCCCUAUCCAAUGGUCUCUAUGAGCCUUGACGAUGGCUACGUUGCCGUGAUUCUAGUCAACAGCACAACUGCCAAUCCCUAUACCGCGAACUGGAUGCUGGUCCAGAGUGGCGUUGUCUCAAAUACGACUACUUCUAGCAUCACGAGCUCCACAUCUUCCUCUUCGAGCCCUUCCGCCACGACCGAUUUCUCUGCACAUACUCCUCAGGAGAAAGGUCUCAGCGAAGUCACAAUAGCAGCAAUCGUCAUGGGCGUCUUAUUGGGGUUAGGUGCCCUCUGUAGCUUGAUAUUUGUUUCUCAUUGGCUCCGAAGACGACGGGCAAGAAAGCAGGACAUUGGGGGAGAUUAUGGACCUGAGGUCAAAACUCUAGAACAGGUGCUGGAAGAUCCAGCUCGAUCAACAAAAGGGUCAGUCGUUACUGAUUCUGUUAAUACGGGGCCCGCCCCUAUCCCAAUAGAGUCGACGGAGUACCCAGACGCAAUCCCCGGUGUGCGAGAUGGACAGAAGGAGAACAGGAGAGGCGAUGGAGAUGAGCAACAAACCCGAGAACACACGCAGGAGGAUCUAGCUCAGCCAACAACAGGGACAGUCGUGGGUGAUCCUGGAAAUACCGGGCCGAGCCCUAUCACAACAGAGAUUACAGAUAACCCGAGCGCAAUCCCUCGAGGGCGUGAAAUGAGUGGAGGCAAUGGAUUUGAGCAAAGGGUUCGGAUUUACAAGCCGGGUUCUUUAGAGUACAGACUCGGGAAAGUCCUGAUUGAUACUGGGAAUGCCGGGCCCAACGUGAUCACGGACAACAUAGUGGAAUACGUGGAUGCCACCCCUGGUGAGCCGUGGGCCAAGAUGGUUUUUCUUGAUGGAAGCGAGAAACCGCUGGGUGGGAAUGUCAGCAUCGAAUUCUCUGGUCAUGGGGAGGGGUCUCUUCUAAGUAAGCGAUUUAAAGAGGAGUUUUGUCAUACACCUAUGAUACAAGGUGGGUUCGAUAUGUUGCUGAAUCAGAAAUUCUACCGCACCUUCAUGGCAGAUAAGAUACCGACCAGUCUGGCGGCAAUCAUGAUGAUUCGUGGGCGCAAAUUGACUCCAGAGGAAAUCAAGAAGGAGAAGGAAAAAGAGGAAGAGCGGUUAGAGAUAGCCAAAGAGGCAAACCGCCAACAGAAUGAGCAAAGAGAACGAGAGCUGAGAGCUGCAGAAGCAUUGAGGCAGCAGUCUGGAGGGGGAAGCGGUAGUCGAUCAUAAAUUGCAAGGCUUCGACGGCGUAUGGAGGGGUAAGCGGUUCGGAACAUUUGCAAGGGCGCCUCGGACGGAAUGGGAUUUUCAUUGGGCUCGUGAGAGUGCGAAUUUGAAUGCCUGCAUUACAGAGUACCUGUCAUUUCGGUGUGGCCAGUGCCAAUCUGGCGUUUCUUCGCAUCUUUGAGCUUUGGAGACAGCUUGUAAUGGCAGUAGCCUCUUAGAUAGGGGAGUGGAAGAAAUGUUCGUUUAUUCAAGGAAGCUCGCUCAAUCCGAACAUUGAAAGCGACAUUGCAGCUCGA